GUGCUCGUUUAACCUGUUGCACAAGAUCAUAGCUUCAGACACAAUUUCCAUAAGUUUGAUAAAUGUGAUGCCAGGUGUGCAGAAGUAACAUUUUCUCCUUAGGUUUGUGUAAAUCCAGUUAUUUUCAAUUUUGUUUUUUUUUUCUAGUUUCUCAAACAUAUGGCAGUCAGAGUGUUUAUUACAUGGAAUAGAUAUGUUUUGCUUCUAUCCAAUUAAACCAUACACCCCAUGUUAUUUUAUAUGUGCAGCGAUGCUGUUAUUUUGACUAGGCUUAGAUUUGUUUUGAACUUGACUUGUUUUACGUGGGGGUUGGUUUGUUAGCUGCACAACAGUGAUUCAUAAAGUCUGGUAUAAUUGGGUUCUCAAAAAUAAACAAAAAUUCAACUUGAAUCAGUUGGACGUUGUGUAGUAAUUUGUAUUUAUCUAUAAAAUGCAGCAAUUUUAAAAUAUGCAAUGGAAUAAAAAGUUAAGCGCAUAUAAAGUAAAAACAAGUGUGAAAUUGCCCUUGAGUGCACAAGUUACAUGAAAGUGCAGUACUUCAUUUUUUCUCUUUCAUCAACAUAGUUUAAACAACCCAAAGAAAUGUAGACUUUAAUCAGACUGCAGGUUUGGCUGUGGUAGGACUGUGUAUAAGCACAGCGAAGACCAAUCAAUAACCAAUUUAUUAGCUACAUCUGCACGUCCAAUGCAGCAACGGUCCUUUACAUUUCUGUUGAAGCUGUCAGAAAUAAUUGAUAAUUACAGUGAUGAUCAUAUCAAACCAUAGGAGGUGCUUCAGUUGUACAGGACUGUAGAAAAAGAAAUGUGUGUACGAUUUGUGAAAAUGUUGAAGCCUUCCUCCUGCAGAGUCACCAUCUGCCUGAAGCUACAGCAACGCUCACACUCGUCCUCCAGCUGUGUAAAACGACAACACUGCUCACAAGUUUAUUUGCACGUGGCAGCACAACAUACAGUUCGUCAUCGUGUGCAUGUAUUGUUUUAUUCUUUGGUGAUUUAACACAGGGACUGUGAUUGAGAACAUGAACAUGAUGGCAUAAAAAGACACUUAUUAGUUAUUUCAGCCAAGUAGAAACACUAACGAAUGAAGGUGCUGGGUCAGAACCCAGACAUCAUUCAUGCUGAUCGUUCAUUCCUCUACAAAACACUCUAAAUUUACUCUGAAGUCACUUUUUAUCACAUUCCUCACCAGAGCUGACACAUUCUUUCUUUCUCCAUAUUCCAUCCCGCCCACUUUGACAAUUCCUCUUUGACAACACUUCUCCUGACCUUUGGUGGUGCCGCCUGAAAGGCCCCCCCGCCCCCUGCUCUCUCAGCCCUGCACCAUUCCCAUGGCCGUGUUUGGCCGGGGACUCAUCCCUCAUCCCCCUCUAAAACCCUUUGUUGGCUGCUGAAAGUUGGCCGAUGCCGAGAGCAUCAGGCCCAAGUUGUUGGAUCAAUAUAAACAUCCAUCACUUCACCCAGCGCCUUUCUGAGUGUCACCAUGAACAGUUCACUAAACAAUGCCUUAUUUAUGUGAGCCAUUAGAAGGAAUGAACUGCUCUUCUCUUUGAUUUGGGUGAAGUGAAGAAAUAACUCUGGAGCAUUUUUUUCCUUCCCCUUGUGCUUUUAAAGCCCACAUUUCCCCCCGUUCUGUUUUCUGAUUAUUGUCCUAAACCAACGCAUAAAGUAUCUUUAUGCCUUUCAGUAAACAGUGUGUAAAAUAUCCUAAGCCAUUAGACACACAUCCACAAACCCGAGAACCAACUCCAACACUUUAAGUGAGAUACCUAACGUCUAUUGUUGUUGCUAUUGUUUGGAAUUAGGGGAGACUCUGAACUUCCUGUCUUAUAACAGUGUUGACAGAGCAACUGUCAGAAAUAAAUGAAAAAUUGCUAAUGUGGCAGCAUGUUUAGAUUGCGAAGCCUGCCUGCACCUCAACGGUUGCUAUCUGCUCUGGUUUCACUAGAAACUGAAUAUUCUAAGGCCUCUGACCUUUUAUGAUUGUAAUAUAGUAAAUCCUCACAGACUUGCAGAAAAAGUGUUUUCAUUAAAAAACUAAACAACUUAACUACUAAAGAAAUUAAUAAUUAAGCAUAAAAAUAUAUUUGUUUAACUUUGUUUUUCUAACCCUAACAGACAGGCGGACGAACAUACACACAGACAGAUACUGUAGAUCUGUGUUGCAGAAAAGGAAGUUGGCUGUAUAGAAUUUCAAAUUUAAAUCAAUUAUAAUCUAUAAUGAAAAAAGAAUUAUGGAUAUUUGGUUGGAUAUUUAUUGUGUAAAAGUUGUGUUUUUAAUGAUAGAAAUCUACGGAGUAAGUUGCUCAAAGUGUAAGGCACCUUUUUUUAGAAGUAGGCUUAUUUUGAAAAGGCAAUGGAGGAAGUGGACGUCACUGCACUACUUUGACGUUGUUGCGUUGAACGGAGAGUUCGGUGCUGUGUGUCAUUAUAGGACGAGUUACUUAAAGGUUGGAUAUAUCAGUAUUUAUCAGGAUAUAUCGGUAUUUAAGGUUGGAGCUUAUAUAAACAAAUGUAGUGAUUUCUGACAAAAAGGAGCGUGCUCGCCCGUUAGUUUACUCAGUGUUAAUUAAUAAGUCCUGACUUUACUGGUUAAAAUGCCUAAAAGUGUUUUCGUGCCCGUAGUGGUGUCUGUGUGUGGAUUUCUUCUGUCAGCGUCCAGAGCGCGCUCAGCAGAGGCGGCGCCGCGCAUCGUGCACCACCCGUCUGACGUGGUGGUGGCGGCGGGACACCCUGCCGCGCUGUCCUGCCGGGCCGACGGCAGCCCCCCGCCGGCCGUCCGGUGGCUGCGCAACGGCCAGCGCCUGCAGACGGACGCGCCGCAGCCCAUGGUGCUGUCCGACGGCAGCCUCUUCUUCCUGAGCGUGGGCGGCGGCAGACGGGGUCAGUCCCACGAGGGCGUGUACGCCUGCGUGGCCAGCAACGGCGCCGGGACGGCCACCAGCCGCAACGCAUCGCUGUCCAUCGCAGUGUUGCAGGAGGACUUCAUCGUGCAGCCCAGUGACGUGGAGGUGGCAGAGGGUGAGACGGCCGUGUUGAAGUGUGGGCCCCCAGUGGGACGCCCUCAACCCAACAUCAUGUGGAAGAAGGACGGCGUGCCCAUUGACAGCACUGACCGUCAGUACACUGAGCUGAGUGGGAAGCUUAUCUUCGCUCCUGCAGAGAAGAACCACUCAGGCUCCUAUGUGUGUGUGGCCAGCAACACGGUGGGAGUGAGGGAGAGCAGGGCAGCUCGGCUGUCUGUGCUGUCCAAGCCUGUGUUAGUGCUGAAGCCAGAGGAUGUGUCAGCCACAAUGGGGGAGUCUGCCCAGUUCUACUGCCAAGCUACAGGUGACCCUCCGCCUGCUGUGGUGUGGAGCAGAGAGCAAGGGCCUUUGCCCAACGGCAGGUAUCUGGUAAACCCAGACCAAACCCUGCAGAUCCACUAUGUGACAGCCCAGGACGCUGGUAAAUACACCUGCACUGCUGCCAAUGAUGUAGGUGUGGCCACUGCCAGCGCACAGCUGCAGGUUGAAGAGGCUGCUAGCACCACACAAAAAGACCUUCACAAAGAGAUGUCAGCCCUGCGAGUGGCCCUGGAAAACGUCACCAUCAGUGCCUCUGGGUCCACUAUGUCCCAAGUACAGUGGAAGCUCCUGUCGCCCCCGGAUCAGCCGCAUUACCUGGACGGCUUUGAGGUCCUGUACCGCUCCCUGCUGCCCGCCGUCUCAGACUGGGCGGCACAGAGGGCCAGGCUGCCUGCCUUCCAGACUCUGCUGGGCCCCUUAAAGAGAGGCUACAAGUACGAGAUCAAAGUCCGUCCCUACGGCAGCAACCUGUACGGGAGGGAGAGCAACACGCGCCACCUGCGGGUUCCAGAGACAGUGCCCGGUGCUGCACCUCUAGCUGUGUCCGUAGCAGUGAGCCAUGAGCAGAAUAACACCAUCAGCCUGAGCUGGGAGCCUCCUCCGUAUAGAACUCACAAUGGCAUCAUCCAGGGCUACCAGGUGUGGUGCGUGGACACUGAGGAGCAGCAGUAUCAGAACUGGACAGUGAAUAGUGGCCAACACAGCCUUGAAAUCUUUACUCUCAAACCACACAGAAGAUACUGGCUCACCGUCGCGGCUGUCAAUGGAGCUGGAGUAGGAGCGCUGAGCGACCCUUAUGGGUUCGUUCUCAACUCAGACACAGGCGCCACCCUCCACUCAGAGAUCCAAAGUGGGGAUGUGUCUGAGGUGUGGGCCCUGCUUCAGCACCCGGUGCUGAUUGGCAGCAUCGGUGCCCUCGUGUGGUGUCUGCUGAUGCUUGCAGCUGUCUGUCUCUUCACACACCGGAGCAAAAGAGGCCACCUGAUACUAGGACACAGCAGGGUGAAGGGUUUGCAGAGACUGGCCAGUGAGGAUCUUGUUAUAAAACACAGGAUGGUGGCUCCUGACUCCCCGUGGCUCUCUUCAGGCUGGAGACCUGCCUUCAACCACAAGUAUCAUGACUUAUGGGCCCAAGGGCAGAAAACUCCAGGCAUCAGUAGUAGCAGCCUCCCAGUGUCAUCCAUAAGUGAGCAUGGCCGCCUGGAUGCAGCCAUUCCCAUCGUGACAGACAGCUGUGGUGUCUAUGGCACCUUCUACGUGGAUCUGAUGGGGAACGGCCUGAAGACCUUUAACAGUCCAGGGCGUCAGCCUAAGAUGCCUCACGGUCUGUCCCAUCAGCAGGGAGCUGAGACCAUCCAGAUAUUCACUCAGCCGGUGGCCACGACCUCAGCUGCCGGGAGACAGGAGGUGCUGCCGUGGAAACAGGCCAUACGCCUCCAGCCUAAGAUGGGCGUGCUCCGGGAAUCAUGGGAAAAAAAGCACAGCAAGCAAGAGUUGCAUGCAGUGAAUAGCGUCCCCAUACUGUCUACAGGAAACCAGGCUCGUUCAACUGGUGCCUGGAAACAGAGACUCAGUCACAUUCCAUCAAGCCGACAUGGUGGACACCCAGAGAACUGUAACGCUGUUGGAUGUCCUCGUCUGCUGCAUUACUCUGCAUCAGUACACCUGGUAGACGUGUUACCUCCACCCCCUACGAUACCCAGAGACAGCCUCACCUCAGACGAGGGCUCCAGUCAUUCCACAAAGCUGACUGAGGACAUGACAUCAGUGUGCGCCUCAGCCGGCCCCUGUGGUCAACCAAGACACAACAGCAGCUUCAGCAGCAACAACAACAACAACAACAACAGCAGCAGCAGCAUCCCCUCCUACUGCCGCCUGUCCUCUGCAUCGUAUUCCACUACCCUGGAUGAGGAAGCGGGUGGCACACUGACGGCACAGGAAGCCACCCAGUACUUGGAACUCUGCCCUAAACCUGAGAGGUGCAGCAGCGCCCUGCCGGAGCCCCGCCGCUGCCUGUCCCACCCGUUCUCCGGCACGCUGGGCCCCGUGGGGGGGCCGCCGCCGGAGCACCAGGGGGCGCCCGUGGGCCUGUGGCACGCCGGCCUCCGCAGCUCGCCCUCCUCCUGCUGCAGCGACUGGGACGGCUCCUUGUGGAACACCUGGAGCUCGGUCACGGAGGGGACCCUGGCCAGCGCCCGCUCCAGCCUCAUCAGCUCUGUGGACAGCUGCUGCACGGCCGACAGCAACCUGGCCCGACUGCUGGCCAUGAGCGGAGCUUCUGUGUCAGACUUCUCUCCACCAGCGUCCCCCCUCAGCGCCUGGUUUCCUUCGCUCCGCGCCGGACCCGACUCUCCGGACCUGGAGCCCGUUCCUGCGUGGGACUGGAGGUCGGCCUGGACGGGGGAGGUGGAAGCUCCGUUCAGAUGCCGCUGUCCUGACAGGGACAACAAACCCUCUGACACUUGAAGACAUAAACAGGACGGGUUUAAAGAAGGCAGCGUCAGGGCUGCAAGCGAGAGGAGGGCAGAGUGUGAGAAGCCCAACAUAUAAGAAGCAAUAAAUAUCAGUAUUUGAAAUAUAAUUGGAACCCACGGUUUGAUGUUUGGUUAAUGCACAUCUGCUGAAGUUUCUAUUAACAUACUGGUUUUCCUCAGGGCAGUCAGGCUUUUAUUUGGUAUCCUUCAAAUGACUUGAAGUUUGUUUUGUUUUUCCUGUCCUUUCCUCUGUCAUUAGAAAAGUGGAUAAUGAGCCACAUCCCCUGGGAUGUUGUCAGUCAGUGAGUUUUGAAAAGGGAGAGUGAGACAGUGGGAAACAGGAGCUGGCGUUGGCUUCCUUAUUUCCAUACAUUUGUUUCAGGAUUCCCACCAACACACAGUGUAGCUUAGUGUUUUUUGUACAGUGGAAAUGUAAAUAUGCAUCAUGCAGUACUCAACAAAUGUUAUUUAAAUAAUUUUAUACAUCUUCCAUCUUCCUGUUUUGCUCUUUCACUUGCAUUUUAAUAGUAAGAUGUCUUUAUGCACACUGUUCACUUUUACAUGUUACGCUAAGUUAGCAUUAGCAUUAUGCAAAACAUACUCUAUUUUUUAACUUACUGUAAGUAGACCUUUAGGCUUUUUAAACAUUACAAUUGAACUAACUUAAGUUUUUACCCUCUAAAUAACUUAACUUUUUGAGUACAUGUGCUGUUUGCAUGUUUGUCUACAUCCUCACAAAUUAUAGUAGCAUUAAAAGAAAUGUGUGAGUAUUUUCGUUUUUCGUACACAUUGUAUAUUACAGGUGUGUUUUAAUAGAUCUGAUUAAAACGUAUAUUAAUUUGAA